GCACCUAAAAAUACAGACAACCAACAAAACUUACUUCAGCGAUGACCAGCAUUCCUUUGACUACAUCACUAGUAUUAUGCACAGGUAAGACUCUGAGGUUACAGCCGAGAAAUCUGUGGCAAAAAUUAAAUGACAGAAUUGUUUACUUUUUCUAUACUUUUAAUACUGCAGUCUAACAGAACAUGGUACAAUAUUGCAGAAUGCAUGCUAUUCAAAAGAUAUGAUUUAAUAUUACAUAUUUGAGAUUCAUCAAGGUAAAUAGCAUCAUGGAGUUUAAUCAGAGAGAAUCUUCAGAUGCCUUUUCGCCUAUUUGUCCAUGCAUGUAGGUAGAAAUGAAUUUGCUGUUAAAAAUGAUGCACCUAUUCUGCACUGAUGAUAAAAUCUCCCACUCCCUUUUUCCGUAGACUGGGGCUUGAAGCAGAAGGAAACUAUUUCUGUGGACCUGCAUAAACUUUUCAACCCUCUCAAAAACUUCGGCAUUCUUAAGUUUUGCAGGAAACUCCUCGGGUGUGACAAGCAAGAAUGCUGUACCUGUGCAACAGAGAGGUGAAACCAAGGCAUAAAUGUUUCAUCUUCGCUGUGUUCCGCGCUUGCUUUGGCUUGUUGCCGCGAUGUCAACGCGUCGCCAUAUUUGGGAGGACAAGACUGAACUAUAAACACAGAAGGAAACGGGAGGAGCUGUGAUUUUUGAUUAAUGAAUGGCAUUAGAACGUUUUUGUACUCCACGAAGAUGACAAACCAUUCAUAUCAGUUGUAAACUGUAAAUGUUAUUGUGCUUUAUCUAUAUAAAAAAACGCACCUUCCCGUUUACUUGUAUGUAUUUAUGACAGUCUUGCCCUCCCCAAUAUGGCGGCGAGGCCGAUGUUAACUUAACAUAGAACUCUGCGUCAGAUCGACCGCAGAUAAAUUUACGACAUGCUUGCCUGAUAUAACAUCAUUUAAUGUCUCAUCAGAUCAAAUAAUUUAAUUGGCUGAACCUAUUUUUAUUUACCUGACGUUGGAAAUACAAAAGAAGAGGGCAGAAUGCUGUCCGAGCGACGAAUUCUGUGCUGUUGUGCUAAUAACAUCUGCGAGGGUUCAUCGCACUAUAAAGACAAUAAUAUAUGUUAAACAGUGAAACAUAGGCUAUAGUUAAAUAAGCCUUACGUGCUGAUAAUAUGAUCAGAGCUGUUGAUGCAGCGCUUCAGUCAAUCAAUCAAAGCUAGCUAACAAUUAGCAUGAGCGUAAACAAGACGGUAGAAUCAAAAAUGUUCCUCAACUAACUAAACAAAGAUGAGAACAUUAAACCAACAACCUGAGGCGAAGUGCUGAUUAUAACAGUUGUUUUCCAAGAGUUGCUAGUAUUGCUUGCCAUUUCAAGUUAUAUUAUUGUACUUAAUAUUCUGCUCUGCAAGACCAAAUGGCACUAAAAGUAAAAUAAAAAGUAAAGGUUAUAUGUUAUUUAUUUGGUGUGUUAAGUCUGUAUGGAUUUUCUGGAUAGUAACUUAACGGUACGUAACGUUACGCCUUCCUGCAUGCUGAUUGGUGAGUUACAGAAUCGCACGAAAAAGUAGAAUAAAAUAAAUAAGUCCUAAAAUAUAUUCAUCGUCAAAUAUAUUUAUCUCUUUAAAACUUUUUUCGCUUAAAAAAACUUAUUUUCUCUUUAAAUGUUUGCCUGCUAGUAAACGAUUAGCACGCUAUACCAGCCUUGGACACCAGGUGCCACUAUCAGUAUGCAUAAAAUCCUUUGCUCAUUACGAUGUGUUAAUAUGUCGUUAAAUACAUUUACAAGACAAAAUCACGUGAUACUUUGUUUAUUAUAUUGUGUAUGUUCUUGUGGGUUUCAGAGGAAUUGUGAGGACUGUCAAACAAAAUUCCUGUGACAAUAGCUCAGGGGUCUAGAAACACAUCCUCUCUGACAAUAUAGAUAUUGACCUAUCGGACACAUAAGUGGUGUACCUCCAAAUGAUGUUUGAAAUUCCAAGUUUGAUAUCAUCUGUUAUCAUAUUCAACACCCUAGAGCAAAUAUAUUUGUCACAUAGGCUACACAUUCAGUAAUCUAAUGCUUAUGAGUUUAAAAAAUGUUAUGCAUUCAAAAGCAUGGAUUUGUUUGCGUUCAGUUUAACAGUUGUAGACUUUAAUGUUAAUUGUUAAACAAAUGUUAUUAUAAAAGUGAGAAGCAGACCUUUGUGUGUAGACCAACAGAAGCUAUUAGAUCAUCAGAGAGGUGAGGCUGGUAUCUUACCAGAACUUUUCUAUUUCUUUUGUUUCUAUGCUUACAAUAUAUAACAAAGAUUCUCAAAUUAAGUGCUAUGAUUUUAUAACAUCCUGCAGACUAAACCGUACAUUUGCCAAGACCAAGAUGCCACAUCAUUGGCGUGCCAGCCACAUGUUUGUGCUCUUAUGUGCUUUUUCGCUAUGUGUUGAGUUUGUUAGUGGUGGAACCAGCUUCCUCAGCCCAGCCCAGAAACCACAGGGUCGAGGAGAAAGAAGACCACCACGGACGAGCAGAAGGGAUGCUGGUGAUCCAGAGAUCCCAGUGCUUAGAGAAGAUGGCAAGUUCAUGGUGAGUGCUCCAUUUGAACUGGGCAUGUCUCUGAGUGAAGCGGAGUAUGAGAAAUACGGCACUGUACUGCAGAAGAUACUGGUGAAUCUUCUUAGUAACUCUCCUUUCGAAUGACUACCUACUGGUCCUGUAGGACUCAAAUCCUCAAAAACAACAGAACAUAUUAAUUUAAAAAAUGAUCCAACACCAUUACCUGGAAUAAAAUAAAGAAUAAAGUCGCAAAUAAAAAAGAUAUACUCUGUCUUAAGCCAUUUUCUUAGCUUGGUCUCAUGUGUGAAAAUGUUUGGCUACUGUUGUACUGCAUUACUGUACCUAAUAUACAAUAUUUUCUCUAAGGCCAAUGAUCAAACU